UUGAUAGGUUUCGAGUCUUCGGGGCAGGAUUUGAGGAAUCAACCGCCGGCUGGUCCUCCUCCACCGCCGCCGCCCCCUCCACCAGUUGGAUACUGGGAGAGAAGGGUUCGGAAACCUCCGAUUAGUACAACGGCGCAAAAAUGUGAUGCUUCAGAUAAGAAUGAGGAGACUCCGAGGUUAAAGCUGAAGCCUUUGCAUUGGGAUAAAGUUAGGGCGAGCUCGGACCGAGCAAUGGUGUGGGAUCAGCUGAAAUCAAGCUCGUUCCAGGUGAAUGAGGAGAUGAUUGAGACAUUGUUCGGCUGUAGCACGAGCAGUGCAGUUCCAAAGGAGACGGGGAAGCAGAAUCCGGUGGUUCCAUCGCCAAAGAUGGAGAAUAGGGUUCUUGAUCCGAAGAAGUCGCAGAACAUUGCUAUUUCGUUGAGGGCAUUGAAUGUGACCAAGGAGGAAGUCUGUGAAGCCCUUUUGGAAGGUAAUGCAGAAAGCUUGGGAGUUGAACUUUUGGAGACCCUCCUGAAGAUGGCUCCUAGCAAAGAGGAAGAGAUUAAAUUGAAACAACACAAAGAUGAUUCCCCAGUUAAGCUUGGUCCAGCAGAAAAUUUUCUUAAGGCUGUGCUUGAGAUUCCAUUUGCAUUUAAGAGAGUGGAGGCAAUUCUUUACAUUGCCAAUUUUGAUUCAGAAAUCAGUUACUUGAAGAAAGCGUUUGAAACUAUUGAGGCAGCCUGCGAAGAAUUGAGAAGCUGCAGGCUAUUCCUUAAGCUUCUAGAGGCAGUUCUCAAGACUGGAAACCGCAUGAAUGUUGGAACCUACCGUGGUGAUGCUCAUGCCUUCAAGCUUGACAGCCUCCUCAAGCUUGCCGACAUCAAGGGCACCGAUGGCGAAACCACCCUUUUACACUUUGUCGUUCAAGAAAUCAUCCGAGCAGAGGGAUCUCGCUUGUCUUCUACUAAGACGCAAGACAACACUCUUCGUGUUGAUCUUGAGUGCAAGAAACUUGGACUGAAGGUCGUUGCAGGCCUAGGUGGUGAGCUCGGCAAUAUCAAGAAGGCAGCUGCCAUGGACUCCGAAGUCCUUAGCAGCUACGUCUCAAAACUAGCUUGUGGCAUUGGAAAAAUCACAGAUAUCUUGAGAUUGAAUAAUAGUAGCAAACAGUUCCAAGAAGCCAUGAGUGAGUUCUUAAAGAAGGCAGAGGAUGAGAUCAUUGAGGUUCAGGCUCGAGAAAGCGUUGCAUUAUCUUUGGUCAAGGAAAUAACUGAGUACUUCCAUGGGAAUUCAGCUAAGGAAGAAGCUCAUCCUUUUAGGAUUUUUAUGGUGGUUAGGGAUUUCCUGUCGAUUCUAGAUCGGGUUUGUAAAGAGGUAGGAAAAGCGAAUGAGAGAAGUUUUGCAAGCUCAGUUUGCCAGUUUCCAGUGCCUGUAAACCCCACAUUACCGCCAUUGUUCCCUAAGAUUAAUAAAGCAACGAUACCUGAAAGUUCUGAUGAUGAGAGCUCAUCAUCAUCUUCAUAGUUCAGUCGCUAGCUUCAGAGGGCCUUUUUUUUCUUUUUUCUUUUUGAAAUCAUAAGGCAGGGUAUUUAUAUUUUUUCUUUUGCUUGUAGAAAUUGUUGUAAGAUUUUCGAAAUUGUUAUGGUUAUAUAUGUAUGUAUAAUGUUUUUAUACAAUGGAAAUCCUGCUGCAGAGGAAUGAUGUGGAGAAGUUAAUACAUC